AUGGAUUGGGGCGUCAAUCUACCGUUCACAUUCAGGGAACGCAGAUCUACAACAGAAGGAUCGCUGGAGCUCUCGUCCCAAGACGUCCUACAGAUGCUUGGUCGCGCCUGUCGUCCGCAACAUGACACCUUUGGAGAGAGUAUCGUCAUCACAAACCACUCGAAAAUCCAAUACUACCUCAGCCUGCUGAACCAGCAUCAAGCACUGUCCGCAUUUGUGAUGAAGCCGUUCAAUGGCUUGGCUACAUUUAUCUGUCUACAUUCGCAUUUCGUCGAUUAUCAAGCGGAGGAUGGUGCUCUAAACCACAAGCGUGCUGACAUACUCAUUCUGUUGAGGACAAGAGGAGAAACUGGAGCUCCCAAAUCUACUCGAGAAGGUGCCCAUUCCUGUGAAAGAAAGCCUGCUGCCAAAUUUGCAAGCGUACCUGCUAAUGCAGCUCUCAUCCUGGGACGAUCAAUGACGCUUCUUCGCCAAUUUCAGGGCAUUCUUGCUCAAAUCUUCAGAAAGGCUGAAGACAAACAAUUUCCUUGGUAUCGUUACUUCGAUCUGCGCUUUGUCAACCUCGCAAGUUGUUUAGACCCUCCCGAACUUGGUGAACUCAUCGACUCAUCGAAAUUUCUAACGCUGGACGCCUGGUGCACCGUCUCGCCCAUAGCUUCUCGAUGCCUGACUUUUGAGGACGAAAAGAUCCUACGGCAGAGACCUUCCUUAUCAUGGUGGAAGAUGCGAAACAAGUUGUCAUUUCAUAACACAUAA